AUGGCCGUUUUGUUUAAGGAACUAAAGGCAGAAAGGAAUGCUUCUGAAAUUGCUACAAACCAGGCAAUGGCCAUGAUUACGAGGCUGCAAGAAGAAAAAGCAUCACUUCAUAUGGAGGCUCUUCUAUAUUUACGUAUGAUGGAAGAGCAAGCAGAGCACGAUGUUGAGGCACUGGAGAAAGCUAAUGACCUCCUGGCUGAGAAGGAGAAAGAGAUACAAGAUAUGGAAGCAGAGCUAGAAUUUUAUAGGUUGAAUUUCCCAGAUGAAAUAAAAUCGGAAAAUUUUCAUGGAGCUAAGACUCCAUGUUUAGAGUCUGAAGAUGAAAAUUACGUUGUAUAUCUCACAACAUUUGCAGUGCUUGGAGAAGAAGCUUUGUCAAAUUUCUCGCAGUGGCACUUUCUGCAACAUGCCUAA